GCGCAGGCCCGUGCGGCACCUGGCAAACCAGCCGAGGCCCCCAUCCGGAUGUCCCUGUGGCCUGCAACCCUCGUCUUUUGUGGGGACGCCCGGCCUCGCACAGCGGGUCCCGUCUCUCACCACCCCCCUCAGAUGCCGCAACAAUUCACAACCAGAUUUCUCGCGAAACUGUCAAAAACAGGUUUCUUUGCACAGCCCGGGUUCUUCGACACGCCAGUUGCGUCGGAAAGGGUAAGACGUUUCUCCCAGCUGCCAGCACUGUGUUCGCCUAUCCUUGACCCUUAUCCUUGUAAAAUCCUGACUCUCUCACUGCUCACCGGUCAUGGCCUAUGGGGAGUUACGCGACUCCUUGGAAACCAGACAGAGGCACUGGGCCUGGUCUUCACUCCCGUGCCUGCAGGAAGAGCCGCUGCUGACCAGCUGCUCCACCGUCCAGCCCUCGAAAGCCAGGAGGACCACCGGCGUGAGCGCCUCCUCCCGACACGGAAGCACGCGGUACACGGCACCUGGGAGGUUUUGCUGUCUCCUUCUCUAAUUUUAUCCUUCACAAGUCUUAUUCCUGAGGAAACAGAAUUCCGCUUCCUCCAGCACUCCCUACUCUGUCCAGUUCAGCGCAGGUACCACAACACUAUCACAGCCGUGUCCGAAGCUCGGCCGGAUGAGCCUGGCACAAAUGGUAUACGGAAGAUUUCCGGUCGCACAGCAUCUGCUAGGAGAGCCACCCCAAGGCACAAGGCCCGAGGCGGACUGCGGCCUGUGCCUGCAACACUAACUAGCACACAGUCCUCCGCCAAGAUCUCCGCAAGCCACACCACGGCGCCACAGAGAACACCUUCCGGUUCACGGGGUGAAAUGCCUCCAGGCGGUCCAAAGGUACAAACUUUCAGGGCCCCUGCGUGGGUGGCUCAGUCGUUAAGGGUUAGACUUGGUUUCUGCUCAGGUUAAGAUCACAGGGUCAAGAUGGAGCCCAGCCUCAGCUCCACCUGAUCAGCGGGGGUUCUGCUUGAGACUCUCUGCU